CAUAUCCCAUAUGAGACACUGAACAAAAACUUCAAAACAUAUAUUUUCAAUAAAAGCCUCCGUAAGAAGUUUCUCAGAAACAGUGAGAAGACGAAAAAAAACCACUAUAAAUCUCCCCGGAAGAAACAAACAGAAAGAGAGAAGUAUCAGAUCCGAGAAAAAAAUGUGUCUGGUGUGUUUAUGCGAUGAUGAAGAGACAGAGUUAGGAAGACAACAAGCACCUGGGUCAUGUCCGUAUUGUGGAGGUAAAGUUCAAAUGCUUGAUGUCGAAAGAAAAUGGAUGUUUUGUUUCGUUCCCCUCUGUUUCAAGAUCAAGAGGAAGUAUUUGUGUUCUUCUUGCGAUCGUCGUCUCGUUUUGUAUUAUUAAAAUAAUAAUAUUGUUAUAGUUAAAGUAGAUUUAUACUUUUAAAAAGUAGAUUAAUUAGCGUUUUAAUCAAGGGAAAUAAUUUUAGUCGGUGGCUUUUGGUACGAUUUAGUAUUAUCCGUGUCGUGUAAAACCGACAUUGAUCAUUUAGAAUUUAGAAGUCUCUCGAUAUGAUGUUCAAAUAUGAUGUACUUUCUCUUUUGUCAGGCAUUCUCUUCUUAAGUCGGUCCAAAAUUAAUAUUAUAUAUAAUGGUUCUUUUAAAUGUAAUGAUAAAUCUCUAGUUUGGUAUA